AAUACACAAAACGUUGUGUGGAUGUUUUUGACAGGUAUGGUGUAUAAUGUGAGCGCCUACAUGGACUACCACCCUGGUGGAGAAGAGGAGCUGAUGAAGGCAGCAGGAGUAGAUGGAACUGAACUCUUUGACCAGGUCCAUCGCUGGGUCAACUAUGAGUCUAUGCUGAAAGAGUGCCUGGUGGGCAGGAUGAGCACCAAGGCCGCCACAGCUGUUAGAGCAAUCCUCCCUCCCCCACCUGUGACUGGCCUCGCCUCACCGACUUCAGUGGCUCCUCUUCCAGACAAAGACUCUCGCCCUCGGUACGAUUGGUUCCAGACUGAUGGGACUGUUCAUCUGGUUGUUUAUACCAGAAGAAAGAUACCCAGCUCAGGCUGUACCACUGUCGAUCUAAAGGCAGGUGUUCUUCGACUGGAGGUGCUGCUGGGGAAAAUGUCCUACGUGAUUCAUUUGCGUCUCUCUGAUGAAGUUGAGGAAAAUGUUGCAGUUCACACUGCUUUCUCCGUGGGAAAGAUCCAGGUUAGCAUACGCAAAGGUGCUCACGGAAAAUGGGCGAGCCUCGGUCAACCUCUGGAGUCCCAUAAUACGUUUGUACGCCAAAAGGACCGAGCUCUCUUCUAUCGGGAUUGUGUGUUGGUGUCUAAGACUGAGGUGAACCACAACACUUACCUGUUCAGACUGCAGCUCCCAGCUGGGACUGUCAUGCAUGUGCCAGUCGGGAAACACGUCUGUCUGAAAGCGCUCGUCCAAGACGUGGAGGUAGUGAGGCCAUACACUCCAGUGGAGCACAUAUUUCCAGCAGCUUCUAAGAACGGGUCACAGGAAUCAGACCUCUACCUCAUGAUCAAAGUCUACCCUGGUGGAGCGUUCACCCCACACCUCAGCAGCCUGAGUGUCGGUGACCGUGUGGCCGUAAGUGGUCCAGAAGGCACCUUCAGUCUCCGCCCUCUUCGUGAUGUUACAAACCUCUACUUAAUAGCUGCAGGCACAGGCUUCACGCCCAUGGCUCGUCUCAUCCGUGCGGCCCUCGAAGACAUCGAAAACAUCGGAAACACAAAGCUGCUCUUUUUUAACCGACGAGAAGAGGACAUUCUUUGGCGCUUUGAACUGGAUGAACUGGCUGCUAAUAACGACAGGUUUCAGGUGGAGCAUGUCCUCUCUGAGCCCAGUGAACGCUGGACCGGCCGGAAAGGUCCGGUGAACGAGCCCAUCCUUACUGAGCUGCUGUCCAGGCCUGAUGGGUCCAAAUGCUACGUGUGUGUCUGUGGCCCUGCAGCCUUCACAGAGCUAACACUCGGGUUGUUGAAGCAUCAGGGCUUCAGUGAGCAGGAGCUCCACGCCUUCCAGGGUUGACAUGAAGGGAACACUGUGUUUCUAUGCAUCGAGAACUUGAUGAUGCUGAUACGUUUGAGGUGCUCUGAGGAACGUCAUAUAAAUAAAGAGAAAUAUCACUGGUACUGUUUCAGAUACAGUGGAUCCAGAAAGUAUUCUUUCAGCAGUUGUCAUGAUCCAGCCUUAUUCCAAAAUACAUUCAAUUUGUUUGUGUAAUUGCUGCUCACCUGAAUGCUUUGAGGAGUGAACAGCCAGUGACACCUCAGCCUGAGUCCAACCUGCUGAUUUUAAUAAACACACUGCACCUUCAGUUCUGCCUUGACAGAACCUCAUCACCUGCCUCUAGUUUUUAAUUCACUUUCAUUUAUAAAGUGUUAAAAUCACAACAGCAAUCCCUGCGAGGUGCUUUAUAUUGUAAGGUAAAGACCUGCAAUAACACAGAGUUCACAUUGCAGGAUGUUAUGCCACACAGCUACGAGGGUAGAAGGUUACUAACAAUGAAAUGUCCCAGGAGUAUCUCUGCCUGCUAAAGAAAAGUGUUGCAACAGAAGGAGAUUUUUCCAACUAUCAAAAAGAAAACUAAUGAGCGCCACGUGCUUCCUAGCAUGGUAUGGUGGCACCACCGCCUGGUCACGGUGCCAGUAAAGCAGCCUUUUCCCGGGGCUUUAAAAACGUUGCUCAGGCUAAAUUCAAAGGUUUGCUUUGAUCAUAUCAAACUCAUUGCUACAUAAUACAGGCCUCAGCAGUGCCGACCUGUGGCUGUAGCUCAGGUGGUAGAGCGGGUCACCUACUAACCAGAAGACAUGAUACUAAUCGCAGGUUGCUCUUCAGUGCAUCCAUCGGGGUGUGAAUGUUAGGUAGCACUGGAAGCCUAGAAACGUGCUGGUGUGAUUGGGUGAAUGAACAAGUUGUAUAAAGCGCUUUGAGUGCUCAGAUUGGGUAGAAAAGCGCUAUAUUAGAACCAGUCCAUUUACCUUUAGCUCCUCCCACAAUAGUUGGUGCACAUUGUUCCCAUUGGGCUGCAGUCUCUGGAUCUUCAGUUUCAAAAGGUUCUAGCACUGAGCUACCAGGUGUUUCUUGGUUCUUUGCCCGUUCAUAGUCAUCACAUUUAUGCAUAUAACCUCUCUGAGUGGGUUCGCUGGCGUAGCCGUGUUACAUCAGUUCCAUGUUUCCUGUCCUUACCCGUGUAGGCAGCUUCUCAUCUGUCCUGUUCUGGUUUCCCAACACCUGACCUUGUUAAGCUGGGUGACGUCUAAGCCAGUAGUUAGGCUUAGCUAGCAUUUGGGGUCUAGCCCAUGCUGCAUGCAUGUCUUGAAUGGGUAUAAUACUGUCAGUGGAUACAAUUAGAAAACAUCGUUUACAUUACAGUUGGUAAACUUCAUCAAUACUUGGUCACCAAACAUGACUUAUCAGUCAGGGACGCACAUCCACUGUUACAGUCACGCCAAGUACCCCAGCAUGGCUCCUCUGCUCCUGCAGUGGGAUAACACAACCCUUGAAUUGUGCAACAAAGACAUUCAGGCUGCAGACAGAACAACGUGAUGUGCUCUGUAGCUGCAACAAAAAUGAAUCCAGCAGAUUCCAUUAGUGUGCGAGCUACACCACAGCCACAGCUGUUUGUGUCAUAUCAGUAAUGCCAGCUCACAGUCUGGGUUCAGGGAAACUGCUCUCCUUUAACAUGAGGCUUCAAACUUGCAUUUUUUGGAGGGCAGCCUGUAGCUUCAGCUGGAACAAACAAUCUUGAACUUGUGGAAAAAUAAAUUGACACCAAUCAGAUU